UGUGAGCUUACCCGCCUGCUCCAGGACAAGCUGCAGUAUGAGAUGCGCCUGCAGUACAUGAAGCACUACUUCCCCAUCAACUACACAGUCCAGAUCCAGUACGAGGAGGUGCUGAGGCCGUCCAACAUAACUCACCUGCGCAACGGGACAGUGUCGGAGGUGGCACUGCGGUACCUCUGGUUCCAUGUGAGCUCCCAGGCCGUGCUGCGGAUCCAUGAGGUGCUGCCGGAGAAGCACCCAUCCUGGAAGUACACACAGGAGCUCUGCCAGCUCUUUGAUGCCCUGGGCAAGGAGUACAGCAAGUACCAGCAG